GAUUCGGUCUAGCUGCUACUGUACCUCAAGGAAAUAUCAUCAUGGAUAACAUGUCAUGCUAGGACAUGAGAUAUUUUGAUCUGACUCAGCACUUCGUCACUCCUGACAAAUGCAAAUGUGCUGUUUGAACACUUCCGUUGAGGCGAUGGAGCCAAGCAGCUGCCCUGGCUCAGGGACCGACAGUGACAAGCCUGCCCUCGGCAAGCCUUUGGACUCAGGGAUGGACAGCCUGAAAGUGAGAGUUGACGGGAGCGUUUUUGUGGUGAACAAAGCCCUACUCGAGCAGCACUGUGAGUACUUCCGAGCCCUCUUCCAGUCGGGAAUGCGGGAAUGCCAAAAGGAUGAGGUCCAUCUGCAAGGGCUGAGCGCCCGGGGAUUUGUGUUGGCGCUCCGGGUCCUGGACGGGGAUCGCCCCAUCCUGGGUGGUGACGAGAUCGUGGAAGCCAUAGAAUGUGCCACCUUUCUACAGGUGGAGUCUGUGACAAAGCACCUGACCAAUAUCAUCAACUCAGAGAACUGCUUGUUGAUGUACCACACGGCUGCAACCUACGGUUUAUGGGAUCUGUCCCAUCAAGCUGCUUUAUUCAUUAAAGACAUGUACUCGGACCUGAAGGAAGAUGUUGUGAGCACCUUACCAGAAGACCUAGUGGAGUACGUUGAGUCUCUCAUCCCCAGUCGGUACGUCACAGUCUGCAGCCACUCUCCAACCGUCGAGCAGCUCCAGGACUGUCAGAGGACGGUCUGCUACCUGGAUGACGAAGAUAGAGAAUGGAAGGUGCUGAGUCACCUACCCCUAAACACAAGCACCACUAUGGCAGGUGUGACCAUGCUAGACAACAAGCUGUACAUUAUAGGAGGCGUCCACGACCUCAGCAAGAAAGUUGUGGACUCUGGCUUCUGCUACGACCCAGAGAGUGACUCCUGGUCCACUAUUUCGAGUCCCCAGCAGCCACGCUACAACUUUACGUUAGUGGGCCACGAAGGCUGCCUCUACGCCAUCGGUGGGGAGUUCGACCGGAAGUCCAUGGCGUUGGUGGAGAAGUACAGUGUCUCCACAGCCACCUGGCGCUUCGCCGCUAAUCUCCCCUGCAGAGCCGCCAACGUGGCCUCCACCAAAGCCAUGAGCCGCAUCUUCAUCUGCCUCUGGAAGCCCAAGGGCGUUACGGAGAUCCACGAGUACGUCCCUGAGAGGGACCAAUGGGUCCUGGUCACCACGCUAGUCCGUGACCAGAGCUAUGGCCACUGCAUGGUGGGCCACAGGGACAAUUUGUAUGUCAUGCGCAACGGGCCCUGCGAAGACUUCCUGAUGUGCGUGAUGGACUGCUACAACCUGACUACGGGUCAGUGGACAGCCUUGCCGGGGCAAUACGCAAACAGUAAAGGAGCCCUGUUCACAUCAGUAGUAAGAGGGGACUCAGUGUUCACCCUCAACCGCAUGAGGACCACGGAGUUCACCGUGGAGGAGUACAGAUGGAAAACCAAGAGAGAGACCAAGGGCUUCGGGCGAAUCGGCUCCAUGUACACAUUUCUCAUGAGAUUGCCCAAGGCCAAGACUGUGGGAAACACUGAGGUGUUGACGGACGGGCUGGAGUUUGGGAAUCGGACCGACCACAGACGCAGAGACUCUCUGCUACAAUGCUUUGACUGACUUCCUGUGAAUAGGUUUAGUCUUUUAAUAUCUCCUGAAAAACCAACAACAGGAAAAUGAACUAGAAUGCUUUGACUGACUUCUUGUGAAUAGGUUUAGUAUGUUACUUGGGCCACUUUUAGUAGGCAAACAUGGGACGUUGCAGAAAGAAAUGUCAUGAAUGUAGCUGACGAUUCCUUUUUUUACAUGUCGGAGAGGCAUGUUUGUUCUUCAUAGCAUAUUUCUAUCUGAAUAUUACACAACGUUGUGCCGUUCUGAAUGUCUCUCUACAAAUCAACAAACAAGCUAAAGAUGUAAAUGUCAGAGACAACAGUAAUUUGUAAACAUUAAAGUUUGCUUCAUUCAUGACAAGUUGGAAACUCGGAACCUCUGAGUAAACAUUAACAUAUUGGUUGAUUUGGAUACUUUCCAAGUGGGAAAUAUUAGUUUCCUAGUUUCCACAUGUCAUGAGUGCAGCAUAUCUUCCAAGAAUAAUUAAAUAGCAUUUAAGAAACUCUAUAGUAAUAUUGUAUUCUAUAGUUCUUGAGAAAUGUGUUGCCUCAAGUAGCCUUCUGGGUAAUUUGACUCUGUAUCCAAAUGUAGUGUACUAUAAAGUGUACUAUAAUCAAGUGAUUCAUUACAUUGAGUUGACACAGCCCUAUCAGAGAGCUCUUUCCAUGAGAG